AUGCCUCACGACCAGGGCGGUGCAAACAUAGUCCUGUGCAACAUCCUUGCCGACGUAGCGCAAGUCACCCAUGCAGUACACCUACUCCAUUCAAAAGACGCGACGGUGUCCAACCUGGCCCUAAAGACACUAAAACUUGUCGUCGAAAGGAGAAUCAAGCGACCACCUGAAGACACAGACUUGUGCACCUAUCUAGCCGGUUCAAUGAAAGAUGAAUUCAGCUAUGAUCCAUACGACAUCCCGUCCGUAUGGACGCGUCUAUGCAUGGCAACACGGCGGCUAAAGAAACGAAUAUCCAUAGAAUGGCAGUCCGGUAUCAACAACAGUCUCAUGCCCUACAUCAACGGCCAGCCCAUCACCAAGGCCAAUGCUGCUAAAACCAUCACUGCGGCAGUUAGGAGCUCAUUUCUGCGCUCCCUUCUAAACAAGCCAAACCAAGGUAAGGCUUUUAAACUUACAGCGGCAAACCCUAACAGUAACCACUUUCUUCGUGAAGGAAACUUCACUAGGUUCGCCGACUGUCGGUUUAUACACCGAGCCAGAUUAAGUGUCUUACCUUUAAGAGGGCUCCGUCGGUUUGGUAACGCAAGCCAAACAUGUCGCAGAUGUCAGAGACAUCGCGAAACUCUUGCACAUGUUAUCAACCAUUGCCCUCCCAACUUUAGAAUGAUAAUGCAACACCACAACGCCAUUCUUGACCGCCUCAACAAAGCCUUCGACCACAAGAACCUCACGGUGUAUGUCAAUCAACAGGUUCCAGACUUCCCGAGCACCUGUCGUCCCGAUCUGGUAGUCAUCAACCACCAACCACCCCAAGACUGCCACGAUCAUAGACGUCGCCACACCGUUUGA